CCCAAACCCUGGUGUUGAAUGACGCCCGUAUCUUGCUUCUUGUGUACAUCUGUGCGUCCUGCGAUUGGUCGGGGACAGGGAAAGGUACCCAGCGCUGGCGCGCUAUGGGCGGGUGGCAGGCCUGUUUAUAACCCAGAUCUCUCCCUGUGGGCGGGAACAGCAACAGUAGAGAGUGAAAGUGACGCGGAAUGAGAGUGAGGGAGACGGUGGAGGAGACGAGGCUGUGGCGGCGGCUGUGGUUGACCAGGGCUCGCAGAGGGGGCGAGGCGGCCGCCCCUGUAUGCGUCUUCAACCGCGCAUGGACGACCACCUCAGCCUCCUGCAAUCACCCCCGCCGAGCGCGACCAAAACACGGGGCGACAAUCUGGUGAACCACGGAUACACCGAGACAGAGACCGACGUGAUGACCGUGGUGGCGUGUGACAACAUGCUGGAAGAGUCAUCGGCUCUCCCAGGCCAUCACUCUCUGGACCGAUAUGAACCCGAUCAUGAAUGUUGCGAGAGGGUGGUCAUCAACAUCUCAGGGUUACGCUUCGAGACGCAACUCAAGACUCUCUCCCAGUUUCCAGAGACGCUGCUGGGUGACCCUAAGAAGAGGAUGAGGUACUUUGAUCCUCUCCGGAACGAGUACUUUUUCGACAGGAACCGACCCAGCUUUGAUGCGAUCCUUUAUUACUACCAGUCCGGGGGGCGCAUCAGAAGACCCGUAAAUGUCCCCAUUGAUAUUUUCUCGGAGGAAAUCCGCUUUUAUGAGUUGGGUGAGGAAGCUAUGGAGAAGUUCAGGGAGGAUGAGGGCUUCAUAAAAGAAGAGGAGCGGCCGCUGCCAGAGAAUGAAUUCCAGAGACAGGUGUGGCUGCUUUUUGAAUACCCGGAGAGCUCGGGUCCUGCGCGGGGCAUCGCGAUAGUGUCCGUCCUGGUCAUUCUCAUCUCCAUUGUCAUUUUCUGUUUAGAGACAUUGCCGGAGUUCAGGGACGAGAACAGGGAUCAGAUCACAAUUGCACCUGUGAUAAAUGGCACGCUCCCUUAUUUCACCAGCCCCUUCUCAGACCCGUUCUUUGUCGUGGAGACGUUGUGCAUCAUUUGGUUCUCCUUCGAGCUCCUGGUGCGCUUCUUCGCGUGCCCAAGCAAAGCCACAUUCUCCAAAAACAUUAUGAACAUUAUUGACAUCGUGGCCAUCAUCCCUUACUUCAUAACACUCGGCACAGAGCUGGCAGAAAGGCAGGGGAACGGACAGCAGGCCAUGUCUUUAGCCAUACUGCGCGUAAUUCGGCUCGUUCGGGUGUUUCGUAUUUUCAAACUUUCACGCCACUCGAAGGGGCUGCAGAUUUUAGGACAGACUCUGAAGGCCAGCAUGCGAGAGCUCGGUCUGCUCAUCUUUUUUCUCUUCAUCGGCGUUAUCCUCUUCUCCAGCGCUGUCUACUUUGCUGAAGCAGACGACCCAGAUUCGGGGUUCAGCAGCAUUCCGGAUGCAUUCUGGUGGGCUGUGGUAACCAUGACAACAGUGGGCUACGGAGACAUGCACCCCGUGACAAUAGGGGGGAAGAUUGUGGGGUCACUGUGCGCCAUCGCUGGUGUGCUAACCAUCGCUUUGCCUGUGCCUGUCAUCGUCUCCAACUUCAACUACUUCUACCACAGAGAGACGGAGGGCGAGGAGCAGGCACAAUACCUGCACGUGGGCAGCUGUCAGCCUCUCGCGGACACAGAGGAGCUGAGGAAGACUCGCUCCUCUUCAUCCCUGAGCAAGAGCGAGUUUAUGGUGAUAGAGGAGCACGGGAUAAACAGCGCGUUCAAACAGCAGCCUAACUUCCCCACCACGACUAACACCACGCAGCAAAACCACUCUCAGAACUGUGUGAACAUAAACAAAAAGAUUUUCACGGACGUGUAGCCCACAAAGAGUCAUGACCCUGAUCACAAGGACGAGUUGAUGUGACAACACGCAGUCAUUGAGCACGAGCGCAGAGAAGCAGUGUAAUAUCAGAUGGAGAGAGCGAGAAAAGGAAAGAGAGAAAGAGAGCAAACCAUGUGUUCAGAGACGCUGCUUUACGCUCCAUUCAAAGAAUCAAGAUUUUUCAUUUCAGUGAUCUGAAUCCAUAAUUAUCUGUCGUUCCAUUCGCGCUUGGAGAGAGAGUUCUGUAUUACGCCUACUUUUCUUGUCUGAGCGAGGCAAUCGACCUGUUGUGCACUGUGCAAUAGCCAAAAUAUGACCACAACAGGUAGUAGUAGAAGCUUUAUAACUGACGAGUAGCCUACAUAUGUAAGAACACUCACAAUGUAUUAACAUGCGUUAUGAAUCGUGAUUCGUCUGUCAUAGCCUGUGUAUAAUAUUCAGAAUCAUUUAAAUAUGUGUGUGUGUUGAAACACAUGUAAUGUCUGAAAACACAGUUCUGCAUAUUAUUCCAUUAGACAGUUCUGUGCUCUGCCUUUACUGUGCGUUAAAUUCUUACAAGAAACAAUCCCUCUUAAUGAGCUGUUCUUAUGCGCCUUUGCACGGCACCGUGUAAACACAGGAGCGUCUCAUUGUCGGUGCGAUGCACACGUGAGAGACACGGCGCUCCUUCGCGCGCACACAGCGAUCAAAGAUGGCGCGCACCUUUCUUUGGAUUCCUCAAAUAAUAGCCCGCUGUGAUGCAGUCUCCAUGGUGAUGGACGUUUCCUCGGUAACCCCGGUCCCCGUUGCCAUGGCACCCUUGUUACCACAGUAACCCCCCCCCCCCCCCCCCCCCCCCCCCCCCCCAGAUGGCUUGGAAAGUAUAUUGAAGUUUCUCAUCCCACAAAUCAAUUUGUGAUAAGACUGUUGCGUGCGUAAAACACAAGCCCAGACAUGCGCAGCUCUAUCAACCUGAAAAUCAAGCAUACCCACUGACUUCAGCAUUGACACACAUCAAAUUGAUGUAACAUCAAGUAGUUAAACUACAACAAUGAACUACCCCUCAUAAAUGAAACAAGCCAUAUAUAAUUUGGGAGAAGUGGAAGGAGAGGGAGCGGAUGAGGAAUUAUGAAUGGACUUGGGAGCACGUUAUGUCUGGAUGUCUGGAGUGCACCACUGCGACCGACCAGCAGAGGUCACUGUUCUCCCACUGAUGGAACUGGUGAAGGUUUUUCCAUUUUUCUGCACAGACCUCCGGGAACAUCUGAUGACCGCAAUUAGACUGCCUAAAAUUUAGGGAUGCAAUGACUCUGGUCUUCCUGUUGGGCCUGACAGGCCAAAGAUAAAAGUUGAGACAGAACUCCCCCUGGAUCACUUCCCCCUACUCUGUCUUGUUUCUUCAACCAGGACUUAUAAAAAAAAUUGCCUUGCUAAUCACUCCCUCCAGUGGAUCAAUACUAAAUCCAAAAUGCGAUCACAAGAAUAAAGAUAAAAACA